CGUAUAUUCUACUUCGGUUGUGAAAAGUUUGGAUAUAGAUUAAUAAGAAAUUAUACCUCUGGAAUUUAUAUUUACAGAAAAAUGAUUAUUCAUACUUUAGUUAGAUGGAUAUUUGCAGUUUUUUAUGGACUUAUCGUCUCGAUCGUGACUAUUUUCAGCAUUAUUCGCCAUGGUAAUUCUUAUUUUAAGCGUAAAAUACGUGACACUACACCAGAAAUUUUGCAGGAUAUUUCGCUGGGAAAACACGCCUGUAUCAAGUUGAAGAACCUAAAAAUUCAUUAUGUGACAACGGGAGAUAUAAAAAAUCCCCUGAUGUUGUUGCUUCAUGGAUUUCCAGAGUUUUGGUUUUCUUGGCGUUAUCAACUGAAAGAAUUCUCUAAGGACUACUGGCUUGUGGCUAUUGACCUGCCUGGUUAUGGAAAUUCUGAGAAACCCAAAGGGAUUCAAGCAUAUACAUCUGAUGAAUUGACUUUGUGUUUAAAAGAAUUGAUUGUAGCUUUAGGCCGGCAGAAGGCCAUUGUUGUUGGUCACGAUUGGGGUGGUAUUUUAGCCUGGUAUCUAGCUGGAAAUUAUCCUGAUGUUGUUGAUAAACUGGUUGUCAUGAAUGCUCCUCAUCCUGGUCAUUUUGAAAAAGUUUUGUUUUCCAGCCUAAAGCAAUUCCUCAUGUGUUGGUAUAUUUUUUUCUUCCAACUUCCCUUGCUGCCUGAAUUUGUCAUUCAAGGGCGAGAUAUGAUCAUUUUUGAUGAAGCUUUUAAGAAAGAUGGUCAACCAAUAUGGUCAAGUGAAGAAAUUGAAGCUUACAAAUAUACCUUCUCUCGACCUGGAGCAUUAACACCACCCAUAAAUUUCUACCGAGCAGCCAUGGCCAGAAUUGGAACUAACAUUGAAUCUAAAAACGUGCACAUCAGAGUUCCCACCUUAAUGGUGUGGGGAGAAAAAGACAAGGCUUUAAGUCUUCAACUCGCAACUGGGUGUGUCCGCUUUGUGGAUGACUUCACUCUGAGGAUUGUCGAGAAUGCUUCUCACUGGGUACAAACGGAACAACCAGAUGAAGUGAACAGACAUGUGUGGGAUUUCUUGAACAAAACACGGAACAAAUAACAUUCCAAUGAAUGAAAUUAAUUCAACAUUAACCAUGUGUGAAAUAGUUAUUGGUAUAAAUAAGAUUUUUUUUUGGCUUCACAUGUGAAUAUCAUUUGCUUAGAACUUUUCAGUCUGAUCUCUGUGAUUUUGUAACAUUCACAGAUCUUGGUUUCUCUUAUUAUGGUUACAGAAAUUAUUAGAAAACAUUUUUAGUUGAAUCUAGUUUGAAUUAAAACAAAAAGUGACUUUGGCCAUAGGUGUAAGAAAUGUUAACUAAAGGUUUCUUGUGUGAAUAGCGUGUACUUUUCAAGUUUUAUUUGUGAAUAAAUUUGUGGAUGUAUAUA